AUGAAAUUAGUUUUUCAUUAUAUUAAAUAUAUAAAUGUUUUAUUGUAUAUAUCUAAUAUUUUUUUAAAAAGUAAUAGUCUUAAAAUAUAUAAAGAUUUAAGAUAUAUUAAUACUUUAAAUAAAUAUAAAGGAUUACAAAUAAAAAAAAGAAGCAACUUGAAAAAAAAUCAUAAUAUAAGGAGAAUGGAAGAUAAUGAGAGUUCAUUUAUUGAUAUAGGAUCAAACUUAACUGAUAAAAUGUUUGACGGUGUUUACAAUAGUAAAAAGCAUGAAAAUGAUUUACAGAACGUUUUAAAUAGAGCAAAAAAUAAUAAUGUUGACAAAAUUAUAAUAACAUGUACUUGUCUUGCUGAAAUUGAUAAAUCCUUAAAGAUUUGUGAAACUUAUGAUCCUGAAGGAAAAUUUCUUUAUUUAAGUGCUGGUGUACAUCCAACAAACUGCUAUGAAUUUAUUGAUAAAAAUAAACAUGAAGAAAAAGAAAUUAUAGCUAAAAAGGAAUAUGAAGAAUUUAUUGAGUAUUUUAAAAAUAAACAAGGUGAUAACUCAAAAAUGGAAAAUGAUAAUAAGAAAAUAUGUGAUGAUAAAAAGGAUGUGAAUAAUUUUAAUGAAAUAUUACUAGAAAAGAGUUUGGAUACUAUUCCUGGUUUUAAGUAUAAUGAAAAAGAUAAAGAAUAUUUAGAGAAAUUAAAAAAUAAAAUUAUAAAAUAUCCUAAUCGAAUUGUUUGUAUUGGGGAGAUAGGAUUAGAUUUUGAUAGAUUAUAUUUUUGUUCUAAAUAUAUACAAAUUAAAUAUUUCAUAUUUCAAUUAAAAUUAGUACAAAUGUUUAAUUUACCAAUGUUUCUACAUAUGAGAAAUUGUUCAGAAACUUUUUUUAAAAUUGUAGAUAUAUAUAAAUUUCUAUUUGAAAAAAAUGGAGGAGUUAUUCAUAGUUUUACAGAUAAAAAAGAUAUAGUUCAUAAUAUAGUACAAAAUUAUAAAAAUUUAUAUAUUGGUGUAAAUGGAUGUUCUUUAAAAAGUUUGGAAAAUAUAAAUGCUGUUAAAAAAAUACCUUUAGAUCAUUUAUUAUUAGAAACGGAUGCUCCAUGGUGUGGUGUCAAAAAAACACAUGCAUCAUACGAAUAUAUUAAGGACACAUAUGAAAAAAGAGCUUAUACAAAUUUAAAAAAAAUAAAAAAUAUAAUAAAGUGUGAUGAUAGUACUAUUUUCAAGGAGAGAAAUGAACCUUAUAAUAUAGCAGAUAUUGCAGAAAUCACAUAUAAAGUAAGAGAGGAAGCCAUGCCUUUUAAUUUAUUUUGUAAAAAAAUCAGAUGUAACACUUUGAAUUUGUUCAAGAAACUGAGGUAA